AUUCACGCAUGGGACAACAGACAUAAUGUCGUGAGCAACAUGAGUAUGAGUGAUAAUUACCUUGCUUGUAGACCUGAUCGUGGACGCGUGACUUCUUCUCUACUCUUACUUUCGGCAUCUUGCUGGGCCUAUACUUUCGCUGGCUUUCCGAUUCCCAGGAACUUGAAAUUUCUGGCAGAAUUUAAUCUCAAACACAAAAUCGUAGAUCACUCCACGAUCCACCGGCAUGUGAUUGUGGCAUACAUCUACUGAUCUCGUACGCAUGCGCUACACAGAAGGGAAAUCCCCCAACUCCAGCGCCGCUCCAUUGCAUGCAAAUGCCUUGUUUUUUUGAAACUGUGUUUGUGAAAGAUGUCUUCUGCCAAAUCUGCAGCCAGAGACGCGGGGGCUGAUUGUCAUCAUUUCAUUGUGAAAAAUGAAUCAAACAAGUAUUUAUGUUUCACGUCUUGCGACAAAGAUUCAUGGAUAUUACAUGUAACAACUGGCAUUGAUGUGUGGCGACUGGCUAUGGACUCCUCACAGUUAGAAUCUCAUAGAGAUUUGGCAGAUGUGACUACAAAUGAGGCUUAUUUUUUAAGAUUCAGCAAUGCUUUCAGAGCUGGGGACAUUACAGUGAUGCUCCAGAACCAUAAAGUCCAUCUGACAGUUGGAAGUGGUCCAAAUGCCCUCAGCUAUGAUCUUUUUGAAGCCAGGGCUGAUGAGAGCAAAGCUGAUUUACAGAGGGCGCUCUUCUUCUUUGCAGAAUAUUCCAGUGAUUUGAAAAAGAAACUAACAGCAAAAGAAGAAGAGUUGGCAUUGCUGAAGAAACAGAGGACAAGUACCACUGAUCAGGGCAACAUAUUACCAGAUUUUGAGAUGAAGAAGCAAUCAGGAAAUCAACCCAAGAUUGUCAAGCAACAAGGCCUCAGCAUAGUCAACCCUUCCAGUAAAAAGCGGAAAGCUGCCAAAGGGGUGGAGUUUGACUGAUCCCAAAAGAUGAAUAUAUGCUUGCAAUGAUAUUCAACAUGGACUCCUAUAGUCACAGAGGUCUUUCAAUAUGGUUUUAAUGAAUCAUAGAUGUUGUGAAAGCUGUCCAGAAUCCAGAACAUUAUUCAGUGUGUCAAGCUAUAGGAUAGGUCUCACACAUCUGAUGCUAUUCCAUUGCCAAUGCUAUAUACAACCUCAUGGACGGAGCUGAGAAUAGACGGAUGAAUUGGGUUUCUUACAAAACUGACUGGUGUAAUGUUUAUACUACAUCUGUAUUACAUUUCAUUUAUAGCAAAUUUAGUUAGGAAUAUUUAGAAGUAUUUGUUUCUAAUCAUUCAAGGGUGUCAUUCAUAACAAUAGACAAUAAAGAAUAAUUUGAAAUAUAAUCUACUUUUAAUAUGUAUUGUGCAGGACAUCAAUGUUUCUAAUACUACUAUAAUUACCCCAAUCAAUGUAUUCAUUCCACCUUUACUUGUACACAAUGUAUAGAGGUGGGUUUUGAUGCUUGAUUGAAAAGAGACCAUGUUUAACUGGAAUGAAAGUCUUGCUGGCAAGUAAAUGUGAGAUUUGAAGACAGAGAAACAAAAGCAUUGUUAGUACUCUAAGAGAAAUUUGUAGACAUUUCAUCAAAUAUCUCUGUUUCCCCAUUGUAAAUCUUCUAAUGAAGAUGGCAGCUAAAAGAGGAGAAAUCAAGGGUCGAUAAAAAGAAGGAUGCAAACCAUUUAUUUGCCAUUUUGAGUUUUUGGGUACUUAAAUAAUCAAUAAUAGCUGCAGGUUUAGGAAUCUACAGAGCCUUAAAAUCAAUUCAACUUUCAUUUGCCUGUAAAGCUAUUAACACUUCAACGAAUUUGCUCUAAAAAAAAUCACGAAGCAUUGCUUUUCUUGAAAUCACUGUUUAUGACUGAAUUUAGACUUGGUCAGGACUUUGGUCAAAAUUUGAAUAAACAUUUUGGAAAUGUGAUUAUGACUUUGAUUAUUUAUCCUUUCCAGGGCACGUGCAUUGAAAAUUUUCAUGCAAAUGAACUUUCAUUAUUGCUGUCGAUAUAUUGUCUUUUUUCACUAACAUUUGUAUCUACAUAGAAAUGUAAAUAAACUUUUCAGAAUAUGAGUGUAUCAUUAUUGUGAUAGUUAAAUGUUAUUAGAUGAAAUAACUUCAUGAAAUGAAAUUCUACUCAAUGAAAUGAACUGGUUUCCUCAAUGAAAUGUCACUUUUACAAGAAAUCAAUUUUUCCCCUAUCAAUACAUUUAUUGCUGGUCUUCAAUUCACGGAAAAUUCAUCUUUUUAUCUAUGGAAAGUUAGAAUUAACUAUUGAAACUACACAUUAGUCACAUUCUUUGGUGAAAAAAUUGAGAUUAGGAUAUUGAAUGAAACUUUUGUAACUUGCUAAAUGUUCAAAUUUGAAUUCGUUCACAUUUUAGGCAUUGAAGACUGUAUUUUAUAUUGGUAAAUGAAAUUAGUUGAAUUUGACAUUAAUGUUCGCUGACAAGCACUAAGAAAUUGAAGUCUUAUUGAAUGGAACUUUUGUAACUUGCUGAAUGUUCAAAUUUGAAUUUGUUUACAUUUUAGGAAUUGAAGAAUGUAUUUUAUAAUGGUAAAUGAAAUUAAUUGAAUUUGACAUAGUGUUCGCUGAGCACUAAGAAAUUGAAAUCUUAUUGAAUGGAACUUUAGUAAACUUGCUGAAUGUUCAAAUUUGAAUUUGUUUACAUUUUAGGAAUUGAAGAAUGUAUUUUAUAUCGGUGAAAGAAAUUAAUUGAAUUUGGCAUAAGUGUUCGCUGAGCUCUUAGAAAUUGAUUUUUUUUUUCUUGCAACUGGAUAGUAGAUUAAAUUCUAAUCCAAUCCUUGAUGGAAGCUUAACUUGCCUUGUAAAAUUUUGAAUUAUUGGAAAUAAAAAGUAAUUAGGUUUUGAUAUUUGGAUGCUAGGGAAACCUGUCUAACUCGGUAUGCUAGAAUGUAAAAACUGUUAUGACCAACUGGAAGGGAAUAUUAUGUAGAAAACAGGUCACUGAAUUAAAAACUGUGUCACAUUUGAUGGAAAGAAAAUGAAUUCCAUGAAUUUCUGGAGAAGAUGAUAUAUUGUAUGAACUGACAAAUUAAAUUUCAAUGUAUGUUGUGAAUAUAAGAAUGUUUGAAUCCAUUCCGCUUAUUGUUGAAACCAAUACUAGACAAUAGACAUUGGGUUAACAAUGGAAGAUGUUUUAACCUUUUGAAUACCGGGUUCUGAAUUAUUUGAUUUCCAUAGGCUUUGUACAGGGAUCAUAAGCUGUAUAAGCUGCCAAAGAGAUUACUAAUUCAAGUAUCCGAUUCAGUAGGCAAUGAGUUAAAAAGGAAGUCCACUCUAAUGUCAUGUUGUUUUUGAUAAAGGAAAAUGAAUAAGAGAAACUUGUUUCUGCAGUCUUGGCAAAAAUCAAUCAAAAAGCAUGAUUGAAUUAUAUCAUUUCUUUUAAAGGUUGGAUAUUUUGAUACCACAUGCAAAUAAGCAGCUCUCGAUCCAUAUCUCAUGUACAUGUAGUUCAUUGUGAUUGAAAUAUUUUUUUUCAUAGCAACAUAUUUAGAAUAUAUCAUACAUAUAGGUUGGUUAUAUCAUUUUCAAUUUUAUAAGAAAAUAACAAUAUGGAAUUCUUGUUACAUGACAUAUGGGGCUGCUUGCAUAUAAGAAUGAAAUGUGUAAAAGUAACAAUCCAUAUUGAAUGAAAACCAACUUAUUGUCCCAGUGGACUGCCUCUUUGAUAAAUGUUCAACAUUUAAAGUAAAAUAAAUGACAACUCAGGGAUUCAUUUAUGAAUUAGAAUUUUUGCAAUCAAUUGCAAGUCACCAUGAUGAGGCACGAUAGCUCCAUUGGUAAAGCGGCGGUUUCUGAUUUUAGUGACCUGGGUUUGAUUCACACUUAGCCUCUGGUAAGGCAUUUAUUAUCAGGUCACUUGGAGAGGACCUUAAGCUGUUGGUCCUCUGGUUGCUUGCUUACAAGCAUUCAUGCUUUCUUAAUAGCAAUGAGGUAAAAAAAUCACCAACAUUUUUACCAUCUGUAGCUAUGCAGUUGAAACCAUGCAAUUUGUUUUCUUCAAUUUAUUGGUAGAACUUCAAGUAUUUGUUUGUUUGAUGAAUUUUGGUCUGAGGUGAAGGUAAUGUUGAUCAGCAUCAUCCAAUGAAGCAAGAAGAUAUGGAGUGUUGCAAUUUACAUUUAGAUUAUUAAGUAUUGCCAAACUAUUUUAUUGUAUUGUACUUUCAUUAUCAUGAUUAUGAAAAUGCAGUAGGCCUACUCUACUGGUAAUACCAUUAUGGAUGGUCAUAUGUGAAAUAGUCAACUAAAACGAGUAAAUUGUUUGGAACAUUUAAAAUGUAAUUCAAUAGAUGAUCGAAAAUGUGUUUUUGUAAAUUAUUUUGAUAUGCUAUCGAGAAAACCGAAUACUUGAUGUAUUUAGAUUACUUUAUCUGAGUAUAUUAUAAGGCAUUGAUUGCCUUGCGAGAUAAAUGUACAUAUUUUGCAAUGUGUUGUUUGGACUAAAUGUUGAAUAAAAAAGAAAGGAACAUAUGUUAUACAAACAGAUAAAAACAUGCCAACCAAAAUAAUACAAAAAAAAAUCACAUUGAAAAAAGCAAAUGUAAAAACAAAGCUUCUAAUCUAUAGCAUCUCAUAUGAUGAGGGAGGAGACCAAAACCAAGCAAACUUGAUGAAAAGAUAUCAAUUAUUGUAAUUAUUUAAUUUCAAUAAUUUUAAACUUUGUGCUUCUCCACUGCUCUGUUAGAGGUCAAGUCUACUCCAGAAAAAAAUGUUGAUUUGAAUAAAUAGAGAAAAAUCAAACUAGCAUAACACUGAAAAAUUUCAUUAAAAAAAGGAUGUAAAAUAAGAAAGUUAUGACACUUUAAAGUUUCGCUUAUUUUUCUUAGUGACAACUCAGUGAAUUAAUCAUUAAUUCACUUGACAAUGAGGAGAAAAUUACAAUAUUCCAUAUUUCAUAUAAUAAAAUACAAAAUAAAUAGUGAUUGGAUGACGUCAUCAGUCUCCUCAUUUGCAUACCAACCAGGAUGUGCAUAUUACCAUUUUGUGAAAUUAAAUGAAACUUUAAAAUGUCAUAGCUUUAUUAUUUUACAUCCAAUUUUGAUGAAAUUUAUGCUUGUUGGAUUUUUCUCUUUUUAUACAAAUAAACUUUUUGUUGGGUUGGACUUGUCCUUUAAAUAGUUGGAUUAUACAAAAUUUUCUGCAAUCUUUCAGCUUCCUUAUAUUCUCAAUUGCAUCUGUAGCCAUUUAAAAUCAAUGAGAUUAAGAUUAUAUUAAUGAUUAUUCCUGUGUAUUUGAGAUAAAAUAUUUACAGCUGUGUUCUGUAUGUGAAGUUUUCUAUCAAUUAAAACAUACAAGUCACAAUUCAAU